AUGAAGAUCUCUGUGGAGGUUAAUCCAGGCCUGAAGAGCAAGGAUCCUUUGGAACUGGUCCACGUCAAGGCUAUCGGCUGGAACGACACUCUGCAUUAUUUAUUUGGGACCAUAGGAGCCCCUUCUUUAGUUGUUGCCUUGACCAUGCUGCCUGCAAAUCUCACUGUAAGUGCUGCCAGAAGACUCAGCCGAGGGCCAUCCGGCACGGUCGUCAUCCUUGUUCUUCCUCCUCUCCAGUUGGUCGAGUUCGACGACGUGCACGACACCGGGAUUCUUCCCGAGGUGUGGUCGCACCCAGCUGCAGUUUCGGAUUACAGCAUGGGGGAUCAGUUCUUGUGGUCCCUCACUGUUCAGAAUUCAUCCUCAGACAGUGUCCUGGUGUCUUGGAACGCCACUGACUACAAUGGUACCGCAUUCCCCUCGGGAAUGGAAUUCAUUAUUCAGGCAUCAGUGUUUGGAGACAUUGGAAGAGCAGAUACUCUCCCACGAUUGGCCCAUUCCAUGAACUCUACUCAAUUUGACCUUCACAUGAAGAACUUGAACUUGGGCUCGGGAUACAACCAAACACGGUUUGCACUGAGUUCUGUAUUUGCCUCUUGGGACCCAGCUGUGGAGAAUCCAGCUGAAAAUGUGACCAUUGAGGAACAUUUUUCUCUGGAUGAUGAGUUCACCCCUGGGGUCUUUCGGAUGCUCUCAUUGGAGACAACAUCAUUCCAGAAGGAGGGUGAAGAUGGAGGAUUUAUCCAGUGGCGACCUGUUGCAUACACAAAAUCCGAACGAGACAUCAACGAUGCCACCUUGGUUUCCCACUACCCCCUGCAGGAGGUCGAUGGGGCUGCCACGAUGCAGCACUCCCUCGUCCGUGCCGCCCUCGGCAACAUCACUCGUCUCCCGCUGCAUCGCAUGAAUGUCUCUUUCGGGCGCCAGGAAGAUGGCUUUUAUCAGGCCACAAACUUCAUUUCAUGGACGUUCCUGGUCGGUUAUGGAAGUCCACCGAGCGACAAGUUCUCGUUGCUUGUCAUCCUGAGCAUCGCAGGAGCAUUUGGGCUCCCUGUUCUGGCUGCCAUCAUAGGGGGAGUGUGGGCCCUGCUGAAGCUGAGCCCACAGGAUCCAGGGAGUGGGAAGAAGAAGGGGAAAUUUGUGCCACUUUUCUCCCCGGAUGGACCGAUGCACAAUGUCAUGCAGCUUCCAGGACGGCAUGUGUGCAACUGCCAGGCGAGCCGGCACGCUCUGGUCGGGAACUGCCUCAAGUGUGGACGGAUCGUCUGCAACCAGGAAGGAUCUGGACCCUGCACGUUCUGCGGGACCCUUGUUUGCACAAAAGAGGAGCGGGAGGUCCUGGCACGAGGAUCGAAGAAGUCCAAGGAGCUAGAGAGGAAGCUGAUCGGAGGGGACGGUGGGAGGGGUGACUAUGCGUCCAUCAAGGAAGUUGCCCUGGGCCUGUCUGCAGAUGAAAACCUCAAAAAGGCCCUCGAGCAGAAGGACAGGCUCCUCGAGUAUGACCGCAAUUGUAAAAUCAUCACCCCUCCCGUUUGCAUUCGUUCCUCCAGCGAACGCCGGACGCGAGUGAUAGACGAUGAGAGCGAUUAUUUUGCACUGGACACAUACAAAUGGCUGUCUCCAGCCCAGAAGGCCAUUCUCAAGGCGAGAGAAGCCACCAUCACGGACCUCAAAGAAAGGGCUCGGCGAUCCAAGAAGUUCACCCUUGAUUUUGCAGGUCGUCGGGUGGUGGAGGAAGAAGUGGAGCCUUGGUCGUACGAGGUGGACGAGUCCGUCUUGGACGACGUCCUCAAGAUAAGGGACGAUUAUGAGCUGCAUCCCAGUGGGCUGGAAUUUGCUCCUCGGUACAUGGAUUUAGGCAAUCAGACGAGGGAUCCAAGAGGGAAGGGAAGGACGAGAAAGGAAAUGCUUGGAAAUGAUGACCUAGUCUUGCGCAUUCAGGAUAAGGAAUUGCAGGAGAUGUCUGAUGGUGGCUUCUGUCUCUCCAUGCAUCAGCCUUGGGCAUCCCUCCUUGUUGCUGGCAUCAAAAAGCAUGAGGGUCGGUCGUGGUACACACCGCAUCGUGGACGCCUAUGGAUUGCAGCUGCAGCCAAGGUUCCAUUGAGACAGGAGAUUGAUGAGCUGGAGCACUUCUAUCGAGUCUACUAUGAAGAUGAGAAGUUGAAAUUCCCAUCACAAUACCCAGUAGGGUGCCUCCUGGGAUGCGUGGAUGUGACAGAGGUGCUCUCCCAGGAGGACUACCGAGAGAGGUACCCAGAGGGGGAGAGUUCCUCCCCUUAUGUCUUCAUCUGUGACAACCCCCACGAACUCCUCGUCAAGUUCCCCGUCAAGGGACGCCACAAAAUCUAUAAGUUGGAUCCCCGCAUUCACGAAGCUGCGAGGAAGACGCUGAUGAAAACAUUCGAUUGAAAGUGCCUAUCGGGCUCACAAAUGCCUAAGUUUAUUAUUUCGAAAGUGGAAAUUAUUGUGUUUUGCACGGCUAAUCAAUCAUUCCAAGGUUCCAUGUGGUUUGCAAGGUUUUCGAAUGGGUUUCAUGAAUCGAAGAAAUCUCAAAUUUUCAUGAGGGAUGUCGCCUGGAUUCUGCUGGACUGUUUGCAAACCAUCCUGGUCUGGCUUCGAUUGAAAUUGGGUAUAAGAGAUAUAUCAGAGUGAGGAAAUAAAAUGCAAAAUUUUUUUUUUCUAUUCCUGAA